GCGAGAGCUGCCGCGGAGUUCGCGCGGUGCUCGCUGGGGCUCGCUCCUUUCUGGCGGCCCGGCCAUCUUGGCGGCGCGUCUGCGGUGAGCGGGGCCGGGCCGGGGCGCGGGGGCCGCUGCGGGCGCUGCUGCCGGGUUCUGACCGCUCCCCUCCGUCCCCCUGUGUUCCAGGUACCGCCCGACCCCGCGUGAGGCAGCAACAUGGUGGCCGCGAAGAAGACGAAAAAGUCCCUGGAGUCCAUAAACUCCAGGCUUCAACUGGUUAUGAAAAGUGGCAAAUAUGUGCUUGGGUACAAACAGACCCUGAAAAUGAUUCGUCAGGGCAAAGCCAAGUUGGUCAUCCUUGCCAACAACUGUCCUGCUUUGAGAAAAUCAGAGAUUGAGUACUACGCUAUGCUUGCCAAGACUGGUGUCCAUCAUUAUAGUGGGAACAACAUUGAGUUGGGCACAGCAUGUGGAAAAUACUACAGAGUGUGCACACUGGCCAUCAUUGACCCAGGUGACUCUGACAUCAUCAGAAGCAUGCCAGAACAAACCAGUGAGAAGUAAAUGCUGUAGAGGUGUUAUUUCUACAAUAAAACUGGUUACAGAUCUCUUUUAAAGAAAAA